GUGGACAACUCGCCGUAUAACUCUGCCUACCUGUCCCCGCCUCCUGACCCCAGCUGGAGAAGGAAUUGGUCCGGAAACUUCCCCGGGGAUAAAAGCCAGUUGUUUCGUCUCCCCACCACUGCACUCAACAGGACAAACUCCGACUCGGCCCUCCACACCAGUGUCAUGAACCCUCCCACAGGAGACCCCUUCACAACCGGAGGACACACACUCACCCCCCAGAGCAACAGGCGCUCCGGUCAGAGCGACGGAGAGGGAAGAAGAAUGUUUCCGUACCCUGUCCCCCCCAUCGAAGAGAACAUGUUAGACGAGGGGAAACUUCUCAAACCCUGGGACAACAAGAAGUUGCCUCUGCUGACGUCCCGACCCAAGUCCUGUGAAGUCCCCGGCAUCAAUAUCUUCACGUCUCCGGAGCAGCCGUCAACGCCAUCUCACGGCGUCCCCUCGGCCCUCAACACUGGCGGCUCGCUCCCGGACCUCUCCAGUCUCCACUUCCCCUCCCCGCUGCCCACGCCGCUGGACCAGGACGAGCCGGGCUACCCAGGAUCCUCGUCUCUGAGCGGGGGCAGCAGCACGGGGAACCUGGCCUCCACCCUCACCCAGCUGGGCAUCAACCCCAACAACACGCAGGGAGGCAACGGCAACUUCCACCACACGCAAGGUCUCAUGGCGUCUCUACAGAGCACGCUCAGUAACCCCUCCCUGCAGUCAUCGCUAAGCAACCCCAACAUCCAGUCCUCGCUCAGCAGCCACUCCUUCUCCAACUCUUUGAGCUCUGCGUCCCUGCACUCGUCGCUCAGCAACCCCUCCCUGCAGUCCUCCUUAAGCUCCUCCCCCUCCCUGCAGUCCUCCCUCAGCAGCCAAUCGCUGCACUCCUCCCUCAGCAACUCCUCCCUUCAGUCGGUGUCCAGCAGUAACCCCAGCUACGGCGGCGGCGGCGGCGUGGGCGGCUCUGGAUCCUCCUGCUCCUCUUACUCGCCGCUGCUGAGCGGGCAGGGCCAGCCAUCGCUCAGCACGUCGCCGCGGAGACGGGCGCAGCUCUCCCCGCUCAUCCUGCCCAUGGGAGGGGAGGCUCGGAGGCAUCACUCCAAACAGUUCUCCCCCACCAUCUCCCCCACCCUGUCCUCCAUCACGCAGGGCGUCCCUCUGGACACCAGCAAACUGCCUCUGGACCAGAGGCUUCCUCCGUACCCGCUCAGCCAGUCCCACCAGCACCAGCCGGGCUCCCACCAGCCUCACCCCGACCUGCAGGGCUCCCAGCAGGGUCAGCAGCCCCCUCAGCUGAGCCAGCACAGCCACCAGCAGCUGCUCCGCCUCCAGCAGCAGCAGCAGCAGAGACCCAACGCUCAGCUGCAGCAGCAGCAGUCACAGGCCAUGCAGCAGCUCCACCUGCAGAACCUCCGCAACACACACAACCAGCACAUGCAGCAGCACUUUGUAACGCAGAGGCCGAUGGGGCAGCAGGUGAACACGGCGAACGCGCAGCUCAUAAAGAACGAGAGGGCGAUGGAUCAGUGUGUGCAGAGCCUGUCGUCCUCUCAGUGUCACGUCAAACAGGAGGCGGAGCUUCAGGCAGAGCAGCAGAGGGGCGGGGGCCUCCCUCAGCUCCAACAGAUGGCUACAGACCUCUACAAUGAUGCCUUGUUCAACUCUCUGCUGGACGACCCGUACCUGAGUCUGCAGCUCACAGGCAAAUCCAACCAGCAGUUCUCUGCAGAUAACCAGGCUGAUUGUCUGUCUCUGAAUCACGUCGGCCUGGGCUGCAGCCUCACCGACAAGAACCAGUACCCCCCCAACACGCAGAGCUCCAUGGAGCUGCAGGAGCCCGGAGACCAGCAUCUCCUCAACAACCAGAACCAGAACUACGGCGGAGGGGACGGACGACACAAUGUGCCCAACAUCAUCCUCACAGGGGACUCUCCUCCCGGUUUGUCAAAAGAGAUCGCCAGCGCUCUGUCUCACGUCCCCGGCUUCGAGAUGGAUCCCUUCUCCCUGGACGACCCGCUCAGAAUGGACCCGCUGGCUCUGGACAUGCUGGACGGCGACCUGAUGCUCGCCGACCCGGCCGUCGAGGACUCCUUCAGAUCCGACCGGCUGAAGUGACCCCGACGCCCCGCCCCCCCGCUCUGCUCCGCGAGCUCGCUGGGAAUCGGCGACCAAGGUGACCACCCAGUCAGAGGUGGUUUGGACCGGGUGUCACACCACUCCCCCUUCAAAAAAAAAAAAAAGGAAAAAAAAGAAGCCGGUCUGCAGAGCGCGGCGUGGAGGUGACUUUUGAAUCUCUUUCUGUUGGCGCUAAACGAUCCAGAGAUUUCUGUCUUAAAGUCGGACGAUCAGGAGGGGGAGGAGUUUCCCGUCAAAAGCACUUAACUGAAAAACGCUCUCGCAAAGCUUGAAGUCAAGAAGACGCUUCUCUUUUCCGGCAUUAGCUUCUACGAGUCUUGUCUGCAUGUUAAUGAAAAAUGCACUCGCGUAAACGCAAACACGCAGGAGUAAAGCGCUCGUGACGUGUAAGAAACCUUCUGUUCAAAAAAACAAAGAAAUGCUGCUGCGCGGUGACCCGUGCUGCGCGGUGACCCGUGCUGCGCCCCGUGCUGCGC